AUGGGCGAUAGCUCUAGUAGUUCAGAAGAUGCGGAAUCCCUCCGACCUAAACGAAGACGUCAAAGAAAGAAAAUUUUGAAUCCCUCUUUAACUGGAAACAAUCCUGCUAGCAAAGAAAACAGCAGUGAUGAUGACUGUGCUAUAUACUCGUCGUUACGAACGAAGUCUAUGAAUUUUGAAAAGAAAACUGAAAAACCGAUCACUGCUGUCGAAGUUGCGAAGUUCUUGACCGAAAAUCGAAGUAAAUCAAACGAAAACAGCGAAAGUGACUUUUGCGCUGUCAAUGCUGGAAGUGAUGGCGACGAGUGCUUUCCGUCGAAAAGAGUUAAAUGCGAAAAUGCAGCUGUUGUGUUAGAUUCAGACGAGGAAAAGAAAUUAGAAAUUAUCCGGAAAAAAGCUCGCUUCAAAGAAAUGAACCCUGAAAAUUUUGAAGUUUUUGAAGAAGUUAAUUCUGAGUUAACACCAAUUAUAAGAAAUAGCUCAGAUCCAUCAAUCAUUUUACCAGCAAUACCUGAUAUUUUAUAUGACGAGGAAAAGCGGUUUAAAUUAUUUUUCAAGUUUGGACAACAGAAAAAGACGCUUUCAGUAACGGGAUCGGAAAAGCUACAAGAUUUGUUAGUUCUAACGGGCUUUGAUUUUCCUACGCCACCGAGGGUUUACACAACUGGCGGAGACCCGAACGCCCCCGAUAUAAAUUUGCUACCUCUCGAAAAGCAUGCCAAAAGUGUGAAUAAGCUAGGAUUUCAGCCUAUGUCAGUUUUAAAUUGUCAUUGCUUGCAGAAAGAGGAAAGUGGUUCUGAUAAUCUUGCAGAAUUUUACGGAAAACUGAUUAUAACUUUCAAGCUAAGCGACAAGCAGAAGUUUCAGUUUUACUCGGAACCUAGUGAUCCUUUUUCGAAGACUAUCAAUAAGUUUGAAUCGAGUCAGAAAGAUGUGCUUAAUUUUGAAAACGCCAAGUACUACUUUGAUGGGGACUUAGUUGAUGUGAAUGAAACUCCUGCAAGUUUGGACAUGGAAUCCGGUGACAUAAUUGAUGUUUAUUUGGAAGCAACCGAAAUUGGACAGGAUAACGGAGAGUGAUAGUGAUGAAAAAGCGACAAAGUGAACAGCCAUUCGAAGCUUAGAACUGAAAUUGAACUUUUAAGUGACUUUUUCGAAAUACCUAAUUUUUGUUCUAUUGGUUGUCUUGUUUUUCUGACUGUAGUUUUGAAUUAGUUUGUUAAAAAAAUGGGCUUGUUUCUGCAGGUUUUAAAUGGAAUUUUCUGUUUUGG